ACUUGUCUUCGUGGUUGUUCAAGUUUCUCAUCUCACGUUAGAAUGAGAUUCUUCCAAGUUUCUUUAAAUUUCUCUCCAAUUUUCUUAUUUGAUUUCGUUUUCUUUUCAUCUUCCAAAUCUUGUAAUCAUUUUGGAGGCUUAUAUUUUCAAAAUCGUUGAUAUUUUGGAUUGCAGGUUCUUCCUUGUAAGAUCCGGACUUUGGUUUGUUUUCGUUCUUGGAUCGUGUUGCUCCCCUUUGUUGAAAGUCAGCUAAAGGUGAUCGAAUUGAACAUGGCAUCCACUAUUGUUCCUACACUUCUUAACCGCAAAAACUAUGACGAUUGGAGUUCUCGGAUUGUGACCUACUUGUUGGCCGAAGAUCUUUGGGACAUUGUCGAAGGCACCUAUGACUAUAAAGACGAGGCUUUGUGGAAGAAGGAUGUCAAAGCCUUAUAUGCAAUCCAGAAGUCUUGCGGGGAUGAUAUGUAUAAAAUUAUAAAGAGCAAAACCACGGCCAAAGACGCAUGGGAUGCUUUGGUUAAAACAUUGAAACCAGGAUCUGAUCGAUCAUCAGUUAAAAAAGAUAUGAGGGCAAUUGAUGAAGCGUAUCCUCAAACCGAUACUAGGAUAGCGUCGGAUAUGGAAGCAGGGCCCACUAGAGGACCUGAUGAUGACCGUGAAAAUUUCGUCAAAUGUGUCAAGUCUAAGGAUUGGUUUGAGGCGUUCUGGUUACUUCGCGAACAUUCCCAACUGGGAAGGGAAAAAUUUUCAUUUGAAGGUACAGCCCUUCACCAGGCAGUCCAGCCGUUUAGCAACUGCAGAAUGCGCCGAAUGGAAGGAUUGGUGGAGUCAAUGGAAAAGGAAGACUUGGAAAUAAAAGACACUUUUGGUCGUACAGCUCUUUAUUUAUUAAUAAGAGAGUAUCCAGAAAGGGUUGAAGUAGCCAGAAGCAUGGUUGCAAAGAAUGACAAGUUGCUUACCAUUUUACCUUAUGAUAAAAAAGAGCCUCUAUUUGUCGAGGCUGAGAGGCAGGAAAAAGGGGGAAAAAUGGCUCGCUAUCUCUACCCCCUCACUGCAAAAGACACUAUAAGAGUUACUGAUGGCGCUCAACUCAUUUCUCUCGGUUUUCGUCACCAAAGAUUUGAUAUUGCGUGGAAGUUGAUUCAACAUUACCCACAAUUGGCCGUGUCUAAAGACAACGAUGGGGAUAUUCCCUUAGUAACAUUGGCUAGUAACCGUUUAGCAUUCUUAAGCGGAAGCCGGCUCAAUUUAUGGGAAAAAAUGAUCUAUUACGGUAUAUGGAUAACACCUCUUCCUCUCAUUAAUGAAAGUGACCAUAGUGAUAAAGGGAGUCUCAUUUUCUCAGUACGAAUGGGUUUACUCCGAGUAUGGAGGAUUCUCCAAAAACUUUUGGAAAACAAUCGAGUAUAUGAGAUCAAAUUGAUGCAUAAGCGAGUGAGCCAGUUUCUACCUCUCAUGUGUAAUACCACAAAAGAUACACAUGUAAUUGAACUCUUGAAGGCAGCAUUGUGCGUUGCUGCAGAACGAGGGCAUGUGGAGUAUAUUACUCAUUUGAGUGAAAUUGAUGAGUCAUUUCUAAGUAGCAUUAAGAACGAAAAAGGUCAGAGCUUGUUCCAAAUUGCUGCUGAAAGUCGUCACUUCCAAGUCAUCCAUGCUGAUCUUUUCCUCCAAGGACAAGAUACAUACGGCCAGGUUCGAUCUGAUCGAAUGCGGGACAUAGUGGGGAGGAGAGAUUCCUAUGGCAAUAAUAUGCUACAUACACUAGCAAGUGUUACUCCAUUGUCAAAGAUUGAUCACAUUCGAGGUGCAGUUUUGCAAAUGCAAAACGAACUACGAUGGUUCAAGGAGAUGGAGAGCCAUGCAUAUCCCAAUGAUCGUGAAUAUCUAAACGAUGACAAUAUGACACCACGAGAAGUAUUUACGGACAAUCACAAAGAAAUGGGGAAAGAGGCAGAAAGGUCAAUGAAGGAAACAGCAACUUCUUGUACAGUUGUAGGUGCUCUCAUUGUCACUAUUAUGUUUGCUGCAGCAUUCACAGUUCCUGGUGGAAAUGAUGAAAAGACAGGUCUUCCUAAAUUCAUAACUAAAAAGGUAUUUAGAGCAUUUAUAGUUUCGGAUGCAAUCUCACUCUUUUCUUCAACAACUUCGGUUAUCAUGUUUUUGGGCAUUCUCACGUCACGUUAUUCUGAAGAUGAUUUCCUCAAAUCGUUGCCCACAAAAAUGAUAAUAGGCCUUUUCACCCUCUUCUUAUCUAUCACCAACAUGAUGAUUGUCUUUUCUUGUGCCCUUUACAUUAUGCUUGACGGGAAAUUAUCGGUUCUUAUUCCAAACAUUUUGCUUGCUAGUGUUCCAGUUACCUCCUUCAUCUGGAUGCAAUUUCCAUUGCUUGUUGAGUUAUUCAAUUCUACUUUUGGACGGGCAUAUUUGCUAUGUUUUAAGAAACUUGUAUGUUGCAUCCAUAGUAUGUGCAUACUAUUUGUCGAUUUUUAUUACGAUUGUUGUUGUUAAUAAAGUAUGUUCUUCGAUCUUAAAAUAAAAUUCCAACUUCAAUUUA